AUGAGGUCUGGGCAUGGCGGAUUUAUCACUGUAAAGAAUACCCUUCUGCAUUGUUACUGUGUUUGUGGGAAAAUUGAGGAUGCCCACCACUUGUUCGAUGAAUUUCCUCAGAGAAAUGAUUUGAUUUCAUGGAAUACUUUGAUGGGUGAUUACCUUCAUGUUUCGCAGCCUCGUGUGAUUGUGGACUUGUUUAAGGAAAUGUGCAUUGGUGGUUUUGAAGCUAGUGUAACCACUGUUCUGUAUCUUUUAUCAGCCAUUGGUGAGUUGGGAAGUUACCUUGGAGGAGAGAGUGUUCAUGGCUACUGCAUUAAGAUGGGAUUUUCCUAUAAUUUACAUGUGGUCACUGCUUUGAUUUAUGUGUAUGCAAAGAACGGGGAAAUUGACUUGGCACGUUGGAUUUUCGAUGGAGUUGCUGUGAAGGAUGUUGUUUUGUGGAAUUGUUUGGUAGGCAAGAACAGGCUCAGGGUCAGCUUUUAUGUCUUUAUGAAAAGACAAGGAAGCGGCGGUGGUGCUCCAGUUGUUACCCCAAUAGGUUCAAGAGAUGUUUACGUCGGUUUCAGUCAUAUCAAGCAAUCAUCAUCUUAUAGGAGUAGCUGCGCCCAGAGAAUAGCCCAGAAUCUUUCGAGUCUGGGUGUUCCGGAAGAUAAACAGCCUUCUGUUCUUGAAAAGAUUUUCGAGGUGGUUGAUGUGUCCGUCUCCCCAGACCAGGCAAUUCUUGUGAGUAUGUGGUUCUAUAAUCCGGUUCCGGUAGAUGUUCAACUUAGUCCUCCAAUUGCGAGAUUUGUUCCUGCAACUAGGUCAUCGAUUGAGGGUUUGUUGCAAGUGAGGGUUGAUAGAGGUCUUAUAAUUCAGACGCCAUCUUGUGUUAUUUGUGACGAGGAUUUUGCAGAUCAACUGAUGAUCACUCGUAUGCCCUGCGCACACCAUUAUCAUACACAUUGCAUUGUUCGGUGGCUGGAGAUCAAUCACAUGUGUCCCCUUUGCCGAUUCCCAAUGCCAACUGCGGAAGUUGCUGAGCCAUCAAAUCCCUAA